AUGCCAGCACGAAAGAAAAUCAAAGAAGAAUCACUGUCCAAUCGCCUUGUUGAUGAUCACAUAUUGAAUGAGUUGCAGGACACAUAUCUCAGUACACUGGUGUUGAGUGUAUAUGAUGUCUUGACAAUCUGGGGCAAGGGCAUGAAUAACAUGAAUCAGAACCACACCUUGGAUACAAACCUCGUUCAGCAACUUGAAGCAGCUCUCAAAGUGGGAGCAAGAUGGAUGGCCAAUGAGCAUGCUCUCAAAGCCUCAAUCUCCACUGAAAAAUUCUACUACAUCCUCCGCAAACACAUCAUUUCCCAAUGUCGAAUUGCUGGUGCCGAUGAUCUGCAAAAUAAUGGUGAUGAUCUGAAAGAUGGCAACAUUGAGGAUCAGGUGCAGGCACUACAAGAAAAAUCAUGGACAAAAGAUGAGAUUAUCAGUAUUCCAGACCUUCCCAAUGACCUUGAUGAUGUGCCAAUCAUAUGGAAUGGCCAACAUCGCAUGCACGCCCUUUGGGGCCUCUUGGACCGGCAAAGCUCUCUGGCAGGCGGCACAGCGGGUGGUGGUAAUUCAGGUGAACCAGAAGAGGAAAGUGGGGAUGGAAUCCCAAUGCCUAAACACCAGGAUGCCUUGUGGCUCAUUGACUUGUAUGCAGAAGAAAGGCUCACAGAUACUCUCAUGGCUGCACUUGCUGCAAAUCAUGACACAAUCCACUGGGUGAACUCUGAAGGCUACAAUGCCUACCAGAUAAUCUACCAGUUCUUGUUGCUUCCCACAGACACCCAGAUGAAACUCCACAAAUCCUCAGAGUUUAACUCAUGGCUCUUCAAUAUUUGGCUACCUGAAUUUGACCACUUCUUUACUUUUGGAAAGACAGUCUUCAGCCAACACAUCAACACAAUCAGUUAUGAUGACUGGCAGCUUCUGCUGGAGGCUGAGCAGAAAUGCUCAGUCUUUAACCUACACCUACUGUUCUUUCCGCAGGUAGAAGACUACUGGGAAGAUGAUGGAACACCAUGCAAGACUCCUUGGGCACUACCACCUCAGUUUCAGAAGCAUGUAAGUCUGCCUAAACUGAACAUUGAGACUGAAGACCUAGACCCCAGCUGCACAACUUGCCGGCCAGGUUUGCUGGAGCAUCUGGAGCCAGCAGAUUAUGUCCAGGUUUGGUGCAACCUAUCUGAAAAUGACAGCUUGAGCUGCCCUCAUUGGAGAGACAUCUGCAAAAUGGAACAAAGGGUCUCUGCAAAGGUCAAAUUUGUUCUGCAGCAUAUCCUUUCAUGGACCUCAUUGAAGUGGAAGUACCCUGCACAAGCAUCAAAAGAGUAUUGCACCUUUGACUGGGUGAAUGAAGUUGAGCAUGUGUUGUUUACUGCAAACAAUGUGGACCCCCAAACUCGCCCCUUCUCUGAUGCAGACAACAGACAUUCACUUGCAAAGGAGUUCAUUUUGGGUGUUUGGGAAGAGGUGAAGGCAGAGAAUAUGUGGCAAGAAAAGGGCAUAGAUGGACAGGCAGGUCCUUGUCUCAUCAGCGGAAUGGCGGUAUUCAAUGAUACAGAGAAGCUUGAAGAUUCCCUGGCCCCAUACUCCCUCUGGGGGUUGAUUAUCUCAACCUCCAACUUCAAGGAGAACUUAGUUCUCCAGAAAGUUCCUUCACUGAAUACAGCAGAUAUCCGGGCGUCAUUGAUAGAGGAGGGGGAAAUCUUUGGCACACUCUGGCAUUACUGCCAGUUAAAGCGUGUAAUGAUUGACACUUGCAAGCAUGGUUGGGGCAAGAAUCAGAAGAAUGGAAAGGAUGUGGUGAUUUGCAGUGCAGAGGAGUAUGACACAGCCAUAGAGGUGCUUGAAGGUUGUGCACUUGUCCUUGCUCAGUAUGGAUUCAAGCUGGAGCCAGACAACCACCAUGAAGACCUGGCACAGUACACCCUAAAUCAUCUGGAGGAACAGCAUGAGCCUGCUCCUCCUCUUCCAGGAUUUCUCCAACAACGUCCUCCUGAAUACGUCUCAUAUGAUGACAUGGUCCAUUCCCAAUGGACAGAAAUGAGGCGUCUGGUGGUGAAGAAUAUGCUUUACAAGCCAGUAUCCAAGAAACAGAAGCGCAACACCCAGUACCAGCUGCCAUCAAGUCUAUGUCAUAAGGGAAGCACAAAACUCACUGAAAAGGAGAAGAGAUUGCAUCAUUGAGAACUUGCAAAAUUGACAAAG